AUGGGAAGCUACAUUAUUGAGGGUCCGAAGGCUACACAAAAGAAAAUUGUGAAAGCUGAUGCUUAUGUUGCAGCCUGUGACGUCCCUGGAAUUAAAAGAUUAGUUCCACCACAAUGGAGGGAGUCGGAAUUUUUUGAUAAUAUCUAUAAACUAGUUGGAGUGCCUGUCGUCACAGUGCAACUUAGAUACAAUAGCUGGGUCACAGAGUUACAGGAUCUAGAACGGUCAAGAUGUGUGCUUACACCUGGUGGUCCCUACAUGCCGUUACCAAAUGAUGAAAUAAUUAAUAGAGUUUCAAGACAGGUUUUAGCUUUGUUCCCAUCUUCUCAAGGUCUGGAAGUUACUUGGUCAUCUGUUGUCAAAAUUGGGCAAUCUUUAUAUCGUGAGGCACCUGGUAAAGAUCCAUUUAGACCCGAUCAGAAAACACCUGUGAAAAAUUUCUUCCUUGCUGGCUCGUACACUAAACAGGAUUAUAUAGACAUCAUGGAAGGUGCAACUCUUUUGGGCAGGCAAACUUUUGCCUACAUAUGUGGUGCUGGGGAAGAACUUGUGUCGUUACGGAAGAAGCUUCUUGACAUUGAAUCAGAAGAGUAUGCGGAAGCUGCUGCUGGUAUAAUGGAUGAGUUGAGCCUCGUCUGAUAGAUAGCAAUUCAUUUGUUGAGCUCUAAACACAUUGUCUCAAAUUGCGGAGUUAGGUUGUGGCUGGACAGAA